AUGUUCCGAGCAUCAUUCCUGGUUCUCUUUAGCGCGCUUCUACGUAAUGUCCUAUCCGGUGGUCGAUUUGAAGCUCCUUUCGGAUGUCAAGGAUUGAUCCUAAGUGAUCAGAAUAGGACUGGUGCUCUCAAUCUGCUUAACCGAAUAGGCUCAAGUGUUGCGUUAGGACAAUUUCAAGCACAAAACUUCCUGUCGUCGGCAAGUGACAUGCGCAAACUGACAUGGAGCUGUAAUCUGGAAAGAUUAGCUCAGACAGCUGUCAACAACUGCCCUCAGAACCCACCGCCAUUAGGGGGCCCAAACGGGAGGAAUUAUCGUUUAUACGGACCGGCGUCUUCUGCAUUCGAGCGCCAAUUCCCAAUUCAAGCUGCUUUACUGGACUGGUCAGAAAUUUCGAACUUGUUAUGGCCAGCAAACAAUGUUUUUGAUGGCAAUGAAGCAUUGCGUCCUUUUGCUAACAUGAUUCGUGCGAGGACCGUUUCUGUUGGAUGCUCUGGUGCCAUGUGCAUGGGAAGUUCAGCUGCAGCAUGCGUCUUUUCGGCACCAUCGCUUGUUGCGAGAGGUCUUGCCAGAAACGCUGAACAUGCAGGUGAAAAUGCACCACCGGCUGCAAGAAUGGAUUUGAUGGUAGAGUAUUGCACUUUUUCUAUUACGGUUCUUUUUCUUAGUGUUUGA